AUGUGUGGUAGUCAAAUGGUAAGACCAGGCGUAACAAGUUUGUUAAAGGAUGGAAGCAGAGCAUUCUCAGGUUUGGAUGAAGCUGUAUUACGUAAUAUUGAAGCUUGUAUAAAUCUUUGUGAAAUAACAGAAACUUCUUAUGGACCAAGAAGUAUGAAUAAACUUAUUGUUAAUCAUAUUGGGAAACAUUUCAUUACAAGUGAUGUAACUACAAUUGUAGAAGAGCUGGAAAUUCAACAUCCAGCAGUCAAAAUGAUUGUAAUGGCUUGUAAAAGGCAAUCUGAGGAAUAUGGUGAUGGGACAAAUACAGUUUUGAUUUUAUGUGGAGAAUUACUUAAAAAUGCUGCAAAAUUACUAACAAUAAAUGGUUUACAUCCAAUGGACAUAAUUAAGGGAUAUGAAAUGGCUUUAGAAAAGGUGACUAAAUUUAUGGAAUCCUUAGUUUGUUUUAAGAUAGAGAAUUUUAAAGAUAAAAGUGAAAUAUACAAGUCUGUGUUUCCAAUUGUAACAACUAAACAUCAUGGGUAUAAUGAAUUAUUAUCUGAUUUAAUUAGUGAAGCUUGUGCAGAUGUAAUGCCUGAUGAUACUGAGAGGAUUCGUGAUUUUCAAGUAGAUAAUGUUCGUAUAGUUAAGCUUCUUGGAGGUUCUCCUAUGCAGUCAUUCACAUUAUCUGGUAUGAUAAUUAGUAAAGAACCAUCUGGGACAGUAAGAUCUAUAAAUAAUCAGUGUAAUGUAAUGGUCUUAGGUUGUGGAUUAGAAAUGACAGGAACUGAGGCUAAAGGUACAGUAGUAUUAAAGAAUGCUGAUGAAUUACUGAAUUUCACAAGAGAUGAGGAACAAUUGAUGGAGAAUCUUAUUAAAGAUAUAAAAGUAAGUGGAAAUGUAGAUGUCAUUAUUACUGGAGGACCUAUUUCUGAUAUAGCUCAACAUUUCUGUAACAAAUAUAAUAUAUUAACACUAAGAGUCAUGUCUAAGUGGGAAUUAAGAAGGAUUUGUCGUAGUUUAGGAGCUGUUGCAAUGGUACGUCUAGGUAUACCUCUUCCUGAGGAAGUGGGUAGAUCUAAAUCUAUAAAUGUACAAGAAAUAGGUUCCAAAAAAGUCACAAUAAUUAAUGCUUUAAAUAAAAAAGUUACUUCGAUUGUAUUACGUGGCUCUACUCAAAGUUUGUUAGAUGAAAUGGAGAGAUGUGUCUUAAAUGCUGUUUCUUGUGUUAAAUCUAGUACAAAGGACAAUAGAUUUAUCCCUGGAGGUGGUGCUACAGCAAUUGAGAUAUCUAGAAGAUUGAGGUUAACAAAUAUUGAUAAUGAGAAUAAUAUUAAAUUAUCACAUAUUAGCUUGGAGGGGUAUGCUAUUGAAAAAUAUGCAGAAUCAUUAGAAGUAUUUCCAAAAUUAUUGGCCCAAAAUACAGGUCUAAGUCCUACUGAUAUACUAGCUUCACUAUAUUCCAUACAUCAAAAUGAAACAAAUAGUAAAAUUGGAAUUAAUCUCUUGCAUUCUAGUGGGACUAGUCCAUUGAUGGACUGCUUAAAUAAUAAAGAAAAUUGCAUUAUGAUUGAUCACUUACAAACAAUUGUAUCAGCAUUCAAACUAGCUACAGAUGCUGCCACUACUAUAUUGAGUAUUGAUGAAAUAAUCAUAGCUAAACCUGCUGGAGGCCCUAAACCACCCUCAUCUACGAAUAAUAAUGAUGAAGAUUAA